AUGCGCUUCUCCGCCGUCUUCGCCAUCAUCUCUGCCUUGAGCAUGACUGCUCUUGCUAUUCCCGCUCCCGCCCCUGAGGACCUGGACAUUGCUGAGGCAACUGCCGACCUCGCUGCGCGUGAUGCUCCAGUGGAAGCUAUCCCCGACGACUUCGCCGGUGACGUUUCUGGUCUGGACGAUGAGGACGAUGAGAACUCCGCUGGUGCGCUUCAAAAGAGAGGCUGGGGCUGCAACAUCUUUGGUGGAAAUGACUACCGAUGCCACAGACACUGCAAGAGCAUCAGCGGCUACAAGGGCGGUUAUUGCAAGCUUGGCGGCAUCUGCAAGUGCUACUAA